CCAAUAAUGAAAUAAUCUAUAAACAACACAAUGACAAAAAAAAAUAUUUUAGGCACCCCUCUGAGUUCACUGUAUCAGAUAAUGAGUGGGAUCUAGAAGGUAGGAGUCGCUUUUCCUGGGGGCCAACCAAGUGCUCCACCGGCACAUGAGGAGACAGCCGUCAGUGAGGCGUCGCUCCGCUGAUUCCAACCGGCUGGGCGUCGGAUCCUGUCAAACACAACCAACAUGGCGGACUGGGACGCCGACAACUUCGAGCCGGACGAGCCGAUCAAAAAGGCGGCAGUGCAGGAUAAAUGGGAAGGCGAAGAUGAAGACGACGAUGUCAAGGAUAACUGGGAUGACGAUGAUGAGGAAGAGAAAAAAGCGGAGAUAAAGAAAGCAGAGACAAAGGUGUCGGAAAAGAAGAAGCUUAGCGAGAAAAUAAAGGAGAAGGAAAACCGAGAGAAAAGGAAAAAACAGGAGGAGAUCCAGCAGAAGCAAGAGGAGCUAACGCCAGAGGAGCAGCAACUGGAGAAGCUAAGAGUUCAGAAGCUACAAGAGGCCGCAGACCUGGAGCUAGCUAAAGAUGCUUUUGGUAUCAGCAAUACGGCAAUCAACGUGGCAGGUAUCGACGCCAUAUGCCCGUCUUCUAAAGAAGACUUCGUAGAGUUGGAGAAGUUGCUGAAAGAAAAAAUAUGCCAGUUUGAGAAGUCUGUGCAUUAUUCAAAUUUCUUGGAUUCAUUGUUUCGGGAACUCUGUAUUUCAUUGGAAAUAGAGGACUUAAAGAAAAUCAGUAAUGCCCUUACAGUCCUUCUUAGUGAAAAGCAGAAACAAGAAAAACAAAACAAAGCCAAGAAGAAAAAGAAGGGCGGUCAGCCCGGUGGCGGGCUGAAGGGCAAGAUGCGCGACGAUCUGGACUAUACAGCGUUUGACGGUGGUUACGCCCAGGACUACGAGGACUUCAUGUGACACUGGCGCACCAGCGACCCCCCGCCCCGCCCCGCCCCGCCCGCGUCAACCAUCCCAAACACAGCUGUACCUUCUCAUGCUGCCCAGAAGCCAUCCUGGAAGUCCUGAACAAGAUGGCCACCCCGCAUCGGCCCCCACCCCCAAAUCUGCCCCUUCAUUUUGCUUCAAUGGUCAGAGGGACCUCACCGGGGAGCGUCCACCGUCACAUCUGAUAUGAGCGUAUGGAAUUGCCUUUCGUGUGGCCUAAAACUCCAGAGACGCUCUCGCUCGUCAAUUAGUAUCCGCCGGGUGAUCCAGAUGCAAAGGGAAAGUACAUUUGAACUGCUGGGCUGUGUUAGCUCCAGGACUCAAUGUUUAUUGCUAAGAUUUGAGAGGUGUGGCUCAUUUCAAAGUGGCAGAUAAAGUAUUGCAGUAAAUAAGGACAUAGAAACACAUGUGGUUAUAUGCAAACGUCUUUACCCAGAAUGUCUGUAUAUACUAGAGGUCUCUACGUAAUUUGCCUCACAGGAAACUAUAGUAUCUAUGACUGGUUGCCAAAUACAGGUGUUAUUUGGUAAUGAUUAAUCGUAGUCCUCAAGGAGUUGCUGUGUUCAUGCAUUCAGACUGGAGCGCUACAUGUGAAAAGUCGUAACACCCAUUGUAUUUGAAGCAAAUAUGGAUGGCCUAGGGUAAUAAACAUCCUCUCUGCCAUUCUCUGGAAUUUUCCUUUUAUGAAUUGAAAAGCAAAAAAUAGUGCAUAUAGGUAUUAUUUUUGUGCAUGACAAAGGUAUGACUUACUAAUUUGAUUUCUACUAAUGCAGUGUUUGGAUACAUCAAGUGGUCUGAUUUGCCCUCUGCUGGUCUCCUGAUCAUUGCUUCUGCAGGCUUGUAUCAAGUGUGUUGAGGAGCGAGGCCUUGCUUACUUCUCACUACAACCUGGUCACAGGGGCUCGACUUUCUACUGACUGACCAGUAUCCACGACAAGUCCCAUCAUAGCAGCAUCUGCAAUCUUUUAUAUGCAUUUAAUUUAAUAAAUCACUGGUAGAAAACAAACCCCGGUUUUGCAGUUUCUGUUUUGAGAGAACUGUCUAAUAGUGGAUCUAGAUUACCGUUUUCCGACCCUGUUAAUGCUGUGACCCUAACCUGUGGAAGUACUUUUGGAUCAGGACCCUUCAAGUAUCUUGUGCCGAAAAAUGGGCUAUUCAUUUGCAUUACCAUGUGAACAAAAAAUGACGAAAGUAAAUCAUAAAAAGCUUAUCAACAUUUCCGUGUAUUUUUCAUCACUAUAUAUAUUCUCGUUUUCAGUCAUCAAAUUAAACAAAUCAUGCAUGUUUCUUGAACAAUAUAUAUUGUAGACAUCCUGACAUUCGUAAUGUAGCUGUUUAAUACGAGUUGAGAGAAGAAAUCCUGGUUGUUACCAAUUUAUUCGAAUUGUAUCCAACUGACUUGUUAAAAACAUGGAAAGUACAAUAAAUAUUGUAUUUACAAUUUCAAGUAAAUAUUUAAUAUGGUCAAAGGUUUACCUUUAUCGGGAAAUAUUUUCUUUACCCAUUCCCCCGCCAAAAAAACUACCUGAAACA